GGGGGAGAAUCCAAUCCGGUUUGAGCUAGUUUGUGUUUCGAUGGGACGUUAACGUCUUCCUGCGCUGAAACCUGUGUGUCUUUUUUAUCGAGCUAACUAAGCACUGUUGUUAGCUAUUUUUAGUCUCUUUGGCUUGCAUACUUUUUUUCCCCUCCUUGCAGCCUAUUCCUAUCUUUUUUGUGUUUAAAUAACACCUCAAAACCAGCCAUGCCCAAAAGGAGCAAAGCGAACAAUGACACCGAAGCCAGUGAGCCCAAAAGGAGAUCGGCGAGAUUGGUAAACAAACCGGCACCUCCUAAGGCAGAGCCGAAGCCAAAGGCAAAGAAGGCACCUGCCAAACCCAAAAAGACCAAGGAGCCCAAGGAGGACAAGCCCAAGGACGAGGAGAAGAAAGAGGAAGUCCCUGCCGAGAAUGGCGAGGCAAAGGCCGAUGAUGAGGCACCAGCAACAGAAGAGACGGAGAAGAAGGACGACGCAGCAGAAUAACAUCUUGUCUCGAACCAGUGCUCCCUGUACCUCUCUUCUUGUACAAUUCAGGGGAAUAUUUUUAUCUACUAUUUUCUAAAGGCAGUUUUUUUAGUAGUUUGAUUGUAGAGACACAUUUUUUAUGAAAGCUACAAUGCAUUUUGAGGGGGAUUUCAUCCCAUGCCACAUUUGUACAUCCAGAACAGUUAUUGUCUGUCAGUUCCUCUUUUCACAGUGGGAAGGAGUUACGCCAUGGGCACAUACACACACACACAUACACACACACAUUGCGCAUGGCGUUUACAAAGACAGAUGGACAACUUGCCCAAAUGACUAACAUUCCAUUGGCUCAAUGAGGGAUUUUUUUUUUUGUUUGUUUGAAUGUGUGUAACCUGUUAUGUAUGUGUGCGCAGCGGGGAGGGGUGCGAAUCACUCAUCGUUUUCUUGUUUAUAAUGAGGCAGAUUACUUAGGACGUUUGUAAGCUGUGUUCUGUAUGUUAAUUCUUGUACCAAUUAUGCUUAAUAAACCUACUUUGUAGUACUGGAGCUCUCCAUGUCAGGCCUGUGCAUCAUCACGUGUUUUGAUUUGUUGUCUUUCCUGUGAUAGCGCCACAAUAGAUCUAUAUAGCAGCUGUGAAACGAUCUUUGACUUUAUAUGCAGCGUGUAAUGGUACCUUGUCCGGAUGUGGUCAAGAUUGAAUCCUUGGCAAAGCUAAAAUGCAUGGACAUGCUAAAGCUUGGCCACCUUUUCAGGCCGGUCCGAUGAUCGAGUGUAAGAUCUGGCAAACUGUACAGCACUCGUACCAGCAGUAGCAAUAUACACGUGCAACUACAAAUGUACAGUUUCUUUCAGAUCAUUGUUUAUAGAUGUAUCUCUGUGUAUUGUUUGAUUAAAGCGAGCCAAUAAAAAAUUGUUUGUGA